AUGGGUUCCUACACCGACUCCUACCGCGCUCGUUACCAGAAAGGCGGCAGCUCCAGCUCCACCGACAGUGAUGCCUCAGACCGCUCCAAGAGCACCGCUCCGACAGUGUACAGUGCGAGAUGGGCCUCGAAACCCAUCCAGGUGCCCCAUUCGUUCCAUCAUGGCGACGUGAGGGAUUCUGUCUCGACAUAUGCCUCGACCAUUCCCUCCGCGGACGACCUGCCAGAGGUACCACGCUACGAAGUUGAAGAUCGCACCCCAGAAGCUUUCCCGGCAGAGGCCCUUCCCUCCAACUCGACCGUGUUCGCCGACCUGUUUCCUUCCUCCCGACGCCUGCUCAUCCGACACGACGAUGCUACCAUCGACGGUAACAUGAAUCUCCGCGUCGACACGACAGCGUCACAUCGGGGCGGGUACCAGCGAGAUGUCACCCUGUUCCAUCUCCGUAUGUAUGAUCUGUAUUCGCGCAAGUUCUCCUUCCGCCGCUACUGUCGAGAUUCGGGCCGUGAGGUUUGUCACUCGGUACGGAAGCCUCGUUCGUCUCUCCAGGAGAAAAGACCCAUGUUUCGACGCUCGUGGAGCAGCGUCUUGGCCAGUCUACGACCAGGCUCUUCGAACGGCCAUGGGGUGACGCCUCAUUCGGAACCGAAAUCGCACGAGGCAGUCUCGAAAAGUGCCCGGGACGAUGAAUUUUGGCGUCUGGACGAAGAGAAUCUCGACUCCCCGCUGGAAGGUGGAAUGGAGCGGGAGCGUGCCCCGGUGCUAGGGGAUACCACGCUGCUUGAGUUCUCCAACUACGCCCAUGUCGAAGUCAAACAUCGUGGCACCGGCUCCUCCAAACGGUACGAGUUUGAAUACUGGUCGACCAAGUAUCAGUGGCGGCGCGAAUCGCGCUGGGACGGUGACCUGCAUGAGAUCUCUUACCACCUGGUCAAUAUUCAAACCUCCAAGACUAUCGCACACAUUAUGCCCCAGAUCCUCACGCCGCUGGAAGCCGUUGAGGAGGAGAGCAAGGGGGGCUGGGUCUCCCCUUCUUCCAUGUGGAUCAGUGAUCCCUCUGUCUAUGACAAGAUGCAUGAUAUUGCAGAUGUCAUUGUGGCUACCGGCUUGAUCGUCCUGGUUGACGAUUGCAUCCGGCGGCGCUGGCAUCCGAAACGACAGAUCCCGCUCAUGCAACCUUUAAGUUCCUCGCUCUCCAGGGGGAUUGAAUUCAUGGGGCCAAAACGCCUGAUCGACGAGAUGCUUCACUGGAGGCGAACCCCAUAG